AUGCAUAUACGCUACUCCUGCCCUGUUCAUGCCCGACAGGCUCUCUCUCGUAAUGGCACCCUCAUCGAUAGUGAUCUACGCAUUGGUGUUAUCCCUUGCACAGAGAAGGAUAUCGUCGGUGUGGAUAUUUCUCGGAUAAUUUCUCCGGUAUUAAAUCGAUCUGCUGUAGUGGAACAAUCGAAUUCCGACGAGGUGCCACAAGAGAUUCCAUCGAUAUCACCAAGCAAUGAAAACCAGCGCACUCUUGAUGAUUCUACGAAUCGCUCGAACUUGUCGAUGGCAUCUAGAGCUGGUAUGAGAUCACUGACCGUUUAUUACGACGUUCAUCAGGAUGCAAAGAUCAAUUGUCUUUACCUUGAAAACUUCUUUUGUCACAAGGUAUUUAUCGCAUUUGCAGCAUGUUCAACCGGUAAAGCAGGACUCUAUUAUUAA